GUUACCGUUUCUGGCGGAACUACAUUACUUCCGGUGCGGAGGAAUUCAAACAACUGGCCAUACGGAAGGGACGCAUUUCGGCGCGCGCCGUUUCCACGGCUGACGCAAUUGAACUGCGACGAGCGAGGUCCAGUACCACAUGUUUUGCUUCGAGCCCUUCCAGGGAGGUUGCUGAGCUCCCCACUACCGGACUGGAUCAGAUGAUACAUGAGGAGAAACAGCUGUCUGCACUGAGCUCCCUUCAGAACUCCACAGAGAAAUGUCUGUUUGAAACGGUGGAGGGCGAGACAGAUUCCGAUUCGACAGAUUCAUUAGGCGACCAGCUCUACGACCUGGUGGACAUUCACAAUACUGGGCGCAGUGAGAAAAUAACAGGAAUGCUGCUGGAGUUGGGACGUGCUGAAGUAAAGAAACUGGUCAGUGAUCCACAGCUGUUGGAACAAAGGAUUCACGUUGCUGAGAAAGCACUUCAGCAAGAAUUGCCUCAUGAGACGAAAGUUUCUGAUUUGGACCUUGACGAUGCGAAGGAGAAGCUUGGAGAGAAGAUUUUCGAACAGGUAGAGAAGAUUGAUCCUCAGAACUGUGCUUACAUUACAGGAAUGCUUUUGGAACUGGACCCUUCUGCCAUUCAGACUUUGCUGACAGACAGCCUGGCACUAAAAGGUGCUGUCGAGAGGGCCAAGUCUGCACUCCCACAGCGAUGCUCAGAUUCCGAUCUGAAUGAUGAGGAGGGAAGUGAUCUGGACAGCGAGACUGAGAACCUAGGAGAGGAGUUGUACUGUUACAUUAACAGCACAAAAUAUGGUCAGCACUCCAGCAAGAUAACAGGCAUGCUGCUUGAAAUGCCACGCGACAGAUUGGCACAACUACUGAAAUCUCCGCAACAGCUGAAUGAAAAAAUCCAGGUCGCUGCUGCAGCUCUACAGAUGGCUGGCCCAAGCUGAAUCCUGCUUUAGGUCAAGGA